UGAAAAAAUACUAUUAACAUGAAUCUAGAUGAUCAAAUGGAAAGAUGUGCUUUGGAAUAUUGUAAAAGAAGAGAUUUUUUACCAUUUUAAUGUACACUUUGUCAUAAGAAAUUUUGUCUCGAACAUAAGGAUCUUAAAGAUCAUGAAUGCCCAUAUUAAUUUGCUGAAAGGAAAGCAGUGCAAUGUUCUCAAUGCAAAAAAGUUAUUCAAUAUAUGUCAAGUCAAACAGAGAAUGAGAUUUUAAAAUAACAUGUAUGCGAAUAAGUAAAGAAAGAGGAAUAAAGAUGUUUUUAAUGCAAAAUCAAAUUAAAUGAGUUGAACAAGUUUGAAUGUCGGCAUUGCCAUCGAGAAGUUUGUUUAAAGCAUCGAAUGUAAGAAGAUCAUAAUUGCAGGAGAAUUAAUUAGACAGGUUGUUGUACUAUAAUGUGA